AUGAGUUUAGUGCAAUCAUGUUUUGGAUAUCCUUUGCGAAAUAUUUAUGUAUUCUAUCAAGCUAGAGAAGCAGCACCAACAGUUCCUGUGAUACCAGCUAACGCCGACGAUGCCAGUAUUUGGGAGUCCCUUGGAAACAAAUUCGAAGGAGAUAUGAUACUCGAUAAAGAUCAAUUGAGAUUUGCAAUGGGAAUUGAGACAAGAAAUGGUCUUCGACAAUCAAGAUACAAGUGGCCGAAAAAAGUGCUUCCUUACGAAAUUGUCGAUAACUAUUUUAGCGAGGAACAAGAAGAGUACAUACAUUCGGCUUUGCGUGAAUUCGCCGACAUUUCUUGCGUCACCGUCAGACCCAGGAUGAAAGGAGACAGGCAUUAUGUUAGAGUUACGGGUCGUAGGAACGGCUGUUACGCCAUGGUGGGUUUCCAGCGCGGCGGAGCCCAAACGCUGAACCUGGCACCGCACGCCUUGGGCGUAGGCUGUUUCCGCCGUGCUACGAUUCAACAUGAAUUUCUACACGCACUCGGAUUCUACCACAUGCAAUCUGCUCACGAUCGAGACAAAUAUGUAACAAUCAAAUGGGAUAACAUCAUACCAGGUUUGGAACACAAUUUUAAUCGCUACAACUCACGCAUUGUUACAUCACAUGGAGUUAAGUACGACUAUGAAAGUGUAAUGCACUAUGGACCGUAUGCAUUUUCAAGGAAUGGAAAAAUGACCAUUGUACCAAAAGUUCCGCUUGCAAGGAUCGGCCAAAGAAAUAGCCUGAGCGACGCAGAUAUAGAAAAAUUGAACAUAAUGUAUUCAUGUGGCAAGGAUGCAUAUCUAAAAUAA